UGGCAGGCCUAAUCAAAAUGGCCGACGAUCAAAAAAUUUGUUUACAAAACGAUAAAACAACAUUUGAUAGUGUCACGAUUUCACAAAAAGAUUUCAGUUUACAAAAUGAUGACCUUUCAUUUACUUUGGAUAAUGUAAAAGACACUCACUAUUUAUCAAAAGGAGGUGAAUUUAUUGUCAAUAAUACUGCAGAAUGUGUACCAAAAACACUGGCAGUAGACUCCGAAACCUCCGGCGAUUCCUCCAAAGUGAGACAUGUGUUUAGUCACGUAGGUGACGAAAGAAGUCAAUUGGAGACAUUUUUCACCAGUGACAAUAAUGAAGAGGAUAACAAUAUACUCUCAGGGCAGAACUCAAAACGUUUAAAACUGCAAAUACCUCAAAUAUGUUUCUAUAACAAUAGUAAUAACAAUUCAUUUCAUGCUAUUCAUGCAGUAUCUCCCCAAACUUGUGAAAACCCAAGCCCAGAAGGUAAACGAAAGCGUAUUCAACAUGAUUAUCGUAGAUUGUCAAGUUCUGGUUAUGUUGAUGAUUAUGAAAAGGGUAAAGAUACCCGCUUUACAUCACCCACAGAUGCUGACAUCUUACCGAUUUCUCCAGGAAGAAGCAAAAGUGUCUCACCUAGGACAAAAUCCCCAGUGCAAAGCUUAAAAAUUUCAUUACAUUCAUCAGAGCAAAUAGCUAUAAACAAGGCUGAGAAAGUUAAAGAAAUAGAGACUAAAGCAAUCAGUCUUCAGGCACACAAGCUACCUAUUAGCAAUAGUGAUCUACGAGACAAGACUUUAUCAGAGCUACCCAUAAACAACAAGAAACACCACCACCAUCAUCAUCAUCACAGCCAUCACCAUCAUCAAGGAAAUCAUAAGAAGCACUCAGCUAAAAAGCAAGAAUCUCCAGGUGAUAACUUGGAUGGAGAGCGUGAACUGUUGCAGCUCUCACCUUUAAAAAUAUUGAUUCGGGAUCCUUUGAAAGCAGCUUCAAAAUCAGCUGGUGCUUGCUUAGUGGAUGACAAGGGGAAAAACUCAUCGAAUCAUACCUCAAGCAAUAGUUGCACAUCGAGUGCUGCCAGCAGGAUAAGUGAUAAUGCACCUGCUGCAGACAGUAAUGUAAAUGCAGAUUGUGCUUUGCAUAUAGACAGCCACAGUAUAGUUUCAAAUUCCACAGCAGAAGUAGAAACUCCAAAAUCACUACCUUCAGAAGAGAAUAAAAAUCAGGUAGAGAAUCCCAUACAGCUUAGCCUUCACAAUCCACUGGGCUCACAAGAAGGAAUGAAGGUUUCACUUGAUGAGAGCCAGGAACAGAAAAUGAUCCCACUUGAAACCAGUGGACAUAUCAUAGAAACUAAAACAGAACUGUUCUUUAAAGAAGAACCAGUAAGUGACAUCACUUCUAAUUCCUUAAAUAAAUUACACUCCCAUGCAAUUAAAACAGAUGUAUUCAAUAAUGAACAAAAGACUUUAGUUAAGCUAGAAGUACAAGAUUCUCAAAAUAGUAGUUUAACUGCUGAGAUAAAAUGUGAUACAUUUGCUAGCAAGCAGCUAGCCAGCCAUUGUAAAAAUUCAUUAAGCAAUACCACAGCAAUAGAACAGCACUCAAGUGAAAUGAACAAAAAACCAGAUGAUAAGAAAAUGAAAGCAUCAAUGUCGAACGGUGAUUCAAAACAUGUUUGCAACAAACCUGUUGAUUCUUCAAAUAAAGAAAAGCAGCAUAAACAUUUAUCAUCCAAAUCAGAACAGUCCAAAUGUGAAUCUGGCAGCCACCACAGUGACAAGCACAAAUCUAAUUUAAGCAGAGAGCAUAGCUCUACGAAAUCCUCCUCGUCUUCAUCCAGGUCACACUCGUCAAAGACCUCUAAAGAUCAUAAGCAUUCAAACUAUAGAUCUUCAAGGUCAAGGGAGAGCAGAGGUGUUCAGACAGACUCAUAUUUAGCACAUGAUCCAGUUAUGCCUAAAGAAGGUCCAAUGACCUACUCCCAGUCGCUCUAUCGCCUCAACUCGAGCACAGACUAUUUUCUUGACAUUAUUCAACCACGUUUUAGAAAGUAUAUAUACGUUGAAAGGCACACUAAUGGAGGUGCUUUUGUGCUUCAUGCUUAUCACGAUGAGCUUGCCGAAAUGGACAGCAAAACUUUAGAAGAAUUUGUAGAUCAUUAUUUUGAUCUUGUAUUUGGAGAAGUGGUAGAAGGAGAAAGCAGAUUUGUCAUGGGAAUCGUUCACAGUGCUUCUAGGCCUAUGCCUGAUUUCUUGGAUUAUUUGGUGGAUCAUUAUCCACAUCUUUCAGUCAAAACUGGAAAUAAAGGAAAGUCUGAUAUAGAGACAACAACUUUAGAAAAAUUCAGAGAACAAAUUGAUCAAACUUACAAGGGAGGUGUGUUUCGUGGUGGUGGCCUUGACCAGGUCAGUCUUGUCGGGAAAGUCAAUGAAGAAGCUGGUGACUUUUUCCCUGAGCUACUUGACACACUUGAAUCAGAUGCUUUCAUUAGAGCUGUGACACCUUGGGGUCGUCUUUCUAAAGUAAAGAUGGCAUCUCGUAAGGAAAGUGAUGAUGGUCCCAUUUUAUGGACCAGACCUGGUGAACAGAUGAUACCACCUGCUGAAAUGUCCAAAUCCCCCUUGAAAAGGAAAAGGGGAGCUAACGAAUUAAAAAAUUUGCAUUAUUUACCACGUGCAUCUGAACCUCGUGAGUUUCUCUUUGAAGAUCGCACUAGAUGUCACGCUGAUCAUGUUGAUCAUGGACCAGAGAGAAGAACCACAGCUGCUGUUGGCAUGUUAAAAGCAGUUUAUAAAAGGGGAGAUAAUGAUGAGUUUCAUCCUCCAGAAGGUCGCGUUGUCAAGGAUGUCAUCUGUUUUCAUCCGGGGGACUUUCUCCAGCUGUCUGACCUUCUCCAACUUGACCUCCAUGAGCCUCCAGUUUCACAGUGUGUGACUUGGGUAGAAGAAGCGAAGCUUAACCAGUUAAGCCGUGAUGGGAUUCGUUAUGCACGCAUACAGUUGAGAGACAAUGACAUCUAUUUUAUUCCCCGCAAUGUCAUACACCAGUUUAGAUCUGUCUCGGCCGUCACCAGUAUUGCUUGGCACAUUAGACUGAAAACCUACUACAAACAUUUGCUACAGUCUGAGGAGACCAAGGUCAGUGAGGAUACACUAGACAGACCUGUUAAAUGUGAACUUGAGGAAGACAUUGCUCGUAGCCAUUCCUCACCAGUUAAAGAUAAAGGAGCAAGCUCUGUAAUCAACUCACAAGCUAUUUUAUCUGACUUAAAGACCCCAGAUAAACACAAAAACCAUGGUGUCACCAAGAAAUCAGAUCAAAGUGAUAGACCUCGUCCUGAUGAUAAGUUGAACUUCACUAAGGAAGAGCAGCCUAAAGUCAGUCAUCUUGAAAAGCAGAAAGUCUCUAAUGAAGACAAGUUGAAAGCUGUUUCAAAAAGCAGCAAGGAGACUGACAAAGAGUCUAGCAGGAAAGAUAAACAAUCAUCUAGAUCAGAUAAGGUGCAUAGCUCAUCCAAAUCCAAAACUUCAUCUGAUUCUGACAAGAAAAAGACGCUGACCAACGGCGAGAGUACGUCUUUAUCAGACAAAUCAGCCAAGCACAAACUGCCAGACUUAAUCAAAGAUCACAAAUCUUCUGGGCAUGUUAAAAUAAAAUUGGGCAGUGAUGAUAAACAAAACUGCCAAGACCGGGAAACCCAGAAGGUUAUAAAAACUAACUGCAGCAGUGAUAAGACACUUAUCAGAAGUGACUCCAAGAAAGACUCCUCCAGUAAGACGACCAAGCCAGAAAGUCCAGCCAAGAAAGACAAACAUUCAAGUGAUAAAUUUAGUAAGACUUCCAGCACUUCUUCAAAGUCUAGUGACAGAAAGAAGAGUGAGCACAAUUCAGUGAAGUCCAGUUCUGAUCAUAAAACCAAGCCAUCGUCCUCAUCUGAUAAACAUAGAUCUGAUAAGCAUAGAAUCUCAUGCCAUUCAAAGGAUCACACUAAGUCAUUGCAUCAUGGUCAGGCCAAAGAAAGUAAAGAUGAACCCUCAUGUAAAGACAAUGAUGAUACAUCACAGAGAAACAAAAAUGACCUCUCACUUGGAGACAAAGAUAACUUAUCCCCCAAAAAUAUAGAUGAAAAACCAAGCAUCACUAAUGGCUGUAACUUACCUCUAGACAAAGAAACAGAAACUAGUGCUGAGGUUACACCUGUGCAUAGAAUAGCUCAUGUAAGUCAGCCUUCUAAUGAGAAGGUUGAUGUUGUCAUGUCCACCUCUGAACCUGGCUCACUCCCAAACUCUGUUGCUAUGCAGCCAGGUGAAGGCAUCUCCCCACCCAGCACGGUCAUUCUGGAUUGUAAAGCUAGUUUUGUGCCUCCCACUACAUAUGGAUCAGGUGACCCAAUCAGAUGUGAUAGUGAGACCAUAGCUGAAAAGACAGUCAACGAGGCAGAUUCAGCUGAAACUAAAAAACGGAAGCAUUUGCCAGAGGACCCUUGUGAUGAAGGCAUUCCUUAUAAAAUAUCAAAAUCACAAGACAGCCUUAUCCCUCAGAUGACCUCCGAUGAGGUCAACAUGACCCCACAUUCAUCAUUGUAAGGUUGAACUUGUCAUUUGUUAUGGAACUAUUAUGCACACUCUGUUACAUCUGGCCAUAUGUUAUGUGUUGUAGACGCUCUCUUGAUGGCCACAGCUAUGUCAACUGUAUCUACUAUUUGUUGUGUAUGUAUAGCAUUGGGCAAUAGACUUGUUGACUUUUUUUUUGUUACACUUUGUAUUAUUAUCUUAUCUACAUUGACAUACCAAUACGUUGAUGCUAUUAUUAAAAGUCAUUCUAACAUUAAGAAAUGGUUUUCAAGAAAAAAACAUAGACGUUUGAUACAUAUACCCCUUAGGAUGAUACUGAAGUCACCAGAAGGAAGAACAUGUAAUUUCAUGAAAUGAUUUCAGUAAUCUUUCAAUUGUUGAAAACAUCUAAAAUCGAAUUAAUUGGUAAUAGAUUUUAUGCAUAAAAUUAAUAAAAUUAUACAGUAAUUUCUGAGAGAAAAAAAGAUUUUAAAAUGUAUUGACAAAUGGAUAACAAAUUUUACAAAUUAAAAAAAAAACAUUUGAUUAUCUUAGAGUUAAGUUUUGUGGGUCUUCAUUUACUAACCACCACAUGUACAUAGCAGUGAUAAUAGUAUAUAAUUUUCUAGUCAUUAGGAAUGAAUCAUCAUUUGUAUUCGAUUCUUAAAAGAUUUUCUAAAUUUAACAACAAUCAGACUAUUUUAAUGUUAUUUCUUCAAGUGUGGAAGAAGUUUAGUAGCAUCUUUUUAUUUAUCUCAAACCUACAAUUGAAAGUUAGUUUGUUGUAGAAAUUGGAAAAUCUAUAUGCUCAUUAAAUUAAAAACUCUCUUUAUUUAUUAUGACUUUCUUUAGGAGUUUUUUUGUUUAUGCAUUGUAAAAUUUAAUUUUGUCCUUUUUAAAGCCAAACCCACAUAUUAAAAUUAGUCCACAACUUUGGUCCCUGAACUAUAUAAAGAAUGACACAGAAAAAAAAAAUAUACACACUGUGCACUCUUGUAUUGAAUCAGAGCUUCUGUCUAAUGAAAAUGUGUACCCAGCCAAGGACUUGAACCCCCACUGUACAUAUUUGUUUCAUUACUUCUAUUUAUUGUACAUUGUAUUUCAAGUUGUUCAAUAGUUUAUCAAUCAAUCUGCUUUGUUUGUUACCUAUUUUCUCAAUUGAUGUGAAAUGUUUGUUUUUCUAUUGCCAACUUUGUUCUCAAAUCCACAAUUAAUUGCAAGACUUGUUUCUAUUUAGUGCCAGAAAUGUUUCAUGUAUAUUUUACAAAUUUUGUAAAUAGAGAUCUAUUUUGAUUUGAAGUUGAUGUAGUUUGACUUGAUCCCCAAAUUAUAUGCAUACUUGACUUUCUUGUUUUGGUGAGUCAAGCUGUUAGAUAUUUAGUUUAUAGGUGUCAGGAGCACACAGGCCAGACACCAGUGCAAUUUUUUUUUUUUUUGAUGGUUGUUUCCCAUGUUGUUAUUUUUUUUUUUUAAUGUUUGUUCUAUUUUUUACUUUUAUUGUCGUACUUCUAAAUGAAAAUGUUGGUUUACCUUAAAACUUCUGCAAUGAGGCUGAAACUGUCACUCUGUCUUGGCAGUAUCUAUCUGACCACCUAGGCUUCAAAGGACCAUAAAAUGCUUGAUUCAAGUAGGAGUGAUGGAUUGUCUUUCCUUUGAAUUUGCCAUGAAUUGUUACAUUUCUUGGCAGUUUGCUACACAAGCAUGAUUUUUGCCUUGAAUUCUAAAUUAGACUGGAUCUUGAUUCAAAUUCAUUCUUCUUCGAAAACCUUAGCAAAGAUUUUAAAAAUGUAUGUAUCAAAAGUACAUGUAAAUUUUAUUGUAAGGUGUCAGAAAUAGAUUUUAAAAUAACAUUAAAAAGUGAAUUAGAAAUAAAUCGUUAUAAGAAAAGUUUUUUUUUCUUUUCUCAAAGGCUGUGAAAUUAACAGUUUUGACCUGGAAACAUUAAAGCAUGUAUAAGGCUUAGGCCUCAGUUGAGUAGAAAAAUCACAAUUAAGUGACUAUAAGGCAUUGAAGUGUAGACUUGUGUGUUGUUAAAGUUUGACCAGUGUGUGUGUCCACCUGUUUGGCUCUCACUAGUUUGUCUUCAGAUCUUUUGAACAGCAAGACAAAUUCUUGAAGAGAUGUAUCUCAAUUCUACUGCCCCCCCCCCCCUUUUUUUUUUUUUUUUUUUUUUUUUUUUUGACAUUUCAAUCUUUUUGUUAGUGGCAUUCCUGUUCUGUUUCUAUACCGUUGAAAUUAUUGUAUGCACAACAGAAGUAUAUGUGUGGGUUUAUGAAAUGUUACAAAAUGUUAGUCUCUUUCAGUGGCGUAGCUCAGGAGUUUACCUUUUUAGGCAUCCUUGCAUUUUGGCAUUCAGCAUCAUGACAGGAAAUAAUAUACUUAAUAAAUAUGCAUCUAAAUUCCAAUUGCUACAAGAUGAAAGCAAAAUUAACAAGAAAUAAUCAUUAAGACUCUUAAUAAGUAAUACCAUUGUUAAGUGGUGAGAUGAUGCACAAGUGACAAAUCUCAAUGGACCUCAUUCACCAAUUGUAAACAAACAACAUUUAGCCACGUGGUGCUCUAUCUCUUCUAUAUAAUUUACGAUCUCAUGUUUAAUUCAUGAUGGUUGUCACGUGACAGUUUUUUUCGUUGUUUUAUCAAUAAGAUCACGUGACUAAAUGUUGUUUGUUUACGAUUGGUGAAUGAGGUCCAUUCAUAUCGCCUCACGUGGUGCUUUCUGUGCAGCAAAGGUCAUCUAUAACAUCUAGAUCAAUGCUGUCUAGUAUUUUUUUGAAUCAAGGUGCAUAGCAAGAUUACAUGGCAGUGGUGUAAUCUUGAAUAUUUAAUGUAAAAUAAAGUUAGGACAUUCAUUUGGGGAUCUGGGGGGGGGGGGAUUUACGAAUUUGGACUUCCCACCCACCCAGGCUAUGCCACUGGUCUCUUUUUUUAGAAAGAAUUUCUUAUUCUCUUCAGUUAGUUUAACUUCAUUUCAAAAUGUGUGUGUGUACUGUUUUUGUGUUGUCUCUUCAUUGGUUGAUACAUUUGAUGACAGAAAGUACCAUUUGAUACUGUUUCCUUGUCAUUGAUCUAGAAGAAUGUGUUCUUUUAUUCUUUUUAUAAACUUGAGCUUUUACAGUCUUGUUUUUUUUUCUUUCUGGACAAUUACACUCAGACAGACAUGCAAACAUUUUCAGCAUUAAACAAUAAAAAAUAAAUAGCUGUAAGAAUCUUUGCAUUUUCUGAUACUAAAUAAAAAUGUUUAUUUACAAACAGUAUAUAUAUAUGUAUUUUAAUUAGUGCUGUUAUGAUUCAAGUAAGCUUUUAAACAAUCUAUAUAUGAAUAAUCUAUAUGUUAAAUUAUUUUGUAUUAUAUUCUCCAUACAUGUUAGAGGUAGAAUCUUCUGAUUUCUAGAUGAGGAGUUGUCUUCUGAUUUCCUUAGAGACCAAAGCUCUAAACCUUCUUUUGUUUUCUACUCUUAAAAAAACAAACUGUGUGACCUGGCCCCUUUGGCUCCCAGUGACAAUCUUUUGACUCUUUUCUGUGAGUGUGUCUGGAAGUACAGAGCAUUGUUUGUACUCUACUACUUAGUGUGAUACUCGAGGCAGCAACUUUUGUCUUUUCUCUGUGAUUGUAGUUGGUGGUGGUCUUCAUUUCUUGGUCAUCAAACUGUGUGUGUGUGUGUGUGUUCAAGUAGGCUGUGACUAAUGUCCUCUAUGUAGUACACUGUCAGAGAUCAAUAUAUCAUUGUACGUUUUACAUCUUAUUUCCCUUGUUUUGCUGUAAAUACCUAUGUAUUAAAUUAAAACUUGAUUUCAAAUUGUA